CAAAAACACCCUUAGAUAAAAUUUAAUUCCCAAUUUCACCAAAAACCUUUGCAAUCGUUCUCUCUUCUUCUUCUUCUUCUUCUUCCAACUGAAAACCCUUUCCUUCAUUGUUAUCUCCUCUUCCAAAAACAGUUCUUCUCUCCACAUUUAACAGCAAGAUUUCAUAGCAAUUUUGAAACAAGCAAGGUUUCAAUUGUUGAAUUAUGAAUAAAGGAAAAGUCUAUAAGAAAAGAUUGGAAACUUUUAUUGAGGGUGAUAAAAUUACUGAGACUAGGGUUCAAGAUGUAGCUUGGCUUUGCUCACUUUCCGAAUCUGAAAUUGAUAUGCUGAUUAGCUUGAAAUUGUUGAUAAUUAAGCGGGCAGAAUGGAUAGGUUGUAAGAAUUUGGCUAAUAAAUUCGACCUUAAGAUGCUUAGAGCCAUUGCACUUGUUUUGAUGGAAAAUCUCAAAGCAGAGGUAAAAGACGCAUCUCUUGUACCAGAUAUGGUGAAAUCUACUGCUUUUUUAGAUGUAUGCAACCUACUGAACUGUAACAGCGAGGUUUCUGCAACUAUUGAAGAGCUAAGUACAAGUGUUGGUGCUGAUAUACAACCAAUUCUCCAAGGUUCCUCCUUAUACUGUUCACCCUCUCCCAAACGAAAGAAGCAAAAAGUUGCUGGUCGCAGCGCAAGUUUAAAAUUAUUCUCUUCAAGGAAGUCUCUAAAUUUGUAGCUUAUCCUCCUUACUGAAGUGCCUAUAUUUUUUGCUGCAGAAACACUGAUUUUGUGUGACCUUGUUGGCUAAUAUACACAUGUAGUAUUUUUUAAAAUUUUCUAAAUUGUUGUGUUGCUAUUUGCAUGACACGCAAGUAGUUUCAGCAAAUAUGUUGGUUGAGUUUAGUCACUUCCUAUAUCACAUUCAUUCAUAGUGUUUGAAACAACCUGAUAUUGACAUCUAUCAAAUUGUCUUAGUAAGAUCUGUUAUUCUUAUUGAAGGGUAUACAAACUUUAGAUAA